AUGAGUGAAGGCGUCGACGGGUGCGGUGAUUCAUCGAAUGGUGAAGACGUGGCAUUCAUAGAGAAACAUAAAGAAGAAAAUGAUGAGUAUGGAGAUAGCUAUCCUCUGCUCACAAAAGAGGAUUUACUGAGAUUAGACGCUGAGCAGCCAAUUUGGCGUCGGGUGCGAAUUGCACUCAUUGCUCUAUUUUGGGUGGUGUGGGUUUGUCUCAUAGUCGUGUCCAUCCUCUACAUUGUGCUAACACCGAAAUGCCCACCACGACCGGUGCAGUCGUUCUGGCAAUCGAAGGUUGGCUACUGGGUUAACCCGUUCGCGUUCAAGGACUCGGAUGGCGACUUGGUCGGCGAUCUGAAAGGUUUGUUGAGCGCCGGUGACUACAUCCAGGAGAAUGUGGGUGCCGGUUUUCUUGUUUUGACGUCCAUGUCACCGCUGUAUCCGAAGAUUUUGCCGGAGGUGGAUAGCGUGUCCUUUGCGAGCAUUCACCCGGCGCUGGGCACCAUGGAGGAUUUUGGCGCCUUGCUGCGUGGCUUCAAGAAGAGGGGCAUGCAGACUGUGAUCUCGCUUAACUUCAAUGCGGUACCGCUGAACCAUGAGCUUGCAAAACCGGCCUAUCUGGUUUCUGCUACGCCUGAAGACAAGUUUUGCCGUGCGGGUAAUGGGAGCGCGGAAUUGAUGGAUGGCGCGAUGUUCUACUCGACCUACGGAAGUGGUUCGGGUGUGGUGGAUUUGAAUCUGAAGUCGCCUGAGGUGAUGGAGAAGGUGAAGAACGUGACAAGAUUUUGGUUGCACAAGGGUGUGGACGGCAUUCUGCUGUCCGAUGCUGCGUUCUUUGUAGAGGAGGGCACGUGUGCCUCGGAUAAGUGGUUGAGCAGCUUUCCCACCUGCAAGCUCUACACAAAUGGGACGGUGGGGGUGAUUCAGGAGCUGCGAAAGGUUGUCGAUGAGGUGUCGAGUGAGACCUCGCGUCCGAGAGUGCUUAUCGCCGAUCCCGGUAACACUGGGUAUGGUGCAUCGACGAAGGAGGACGCGGAGAAGUUGUUGGGCACGGAGGAGGCUCCAGGAGCGCAUCUGGUGAUCAGUCGACAAUUUGCAUUCCAGCGUGGAUUCCAUGGUGAGGAAGGUGGUGCUGCCAAAGUGCAGAGCUACUUGGAAACAACUGAAGUGACUUUGCGGAGCCAGUUAGCAUUAGUGACUGCCUCGCCGAGUGACAAGCCGUACACAAGUGUUUAUUCGACCGCAUCGAUGUUUUUGUUGCCGGGUACGCCUGUGAUUUACGCUGGAACUGAAAUAGGCUGGACUCCGUCGAGUGUCAUGCCACCGUCAAUGCUGUAUCCGUUUGGCCAAUUGCCUGUUGUGGAUAGCGUGAGUAGCCACCUACCGAUGCCGUGGGAUUCGCACGGUGGAGGCUUCUCCGACUCGGUGAACGUGAGUAAAGCCUACAGUGCCUACACUGCUGGUCUGAAAGUAGUGGAGACAGUUGAGACUGCAUUGGCAGCUGGUCGUGGUGCGAGUAUGUUCAGUCUGACUGCCUCCUUGGUGCAACUUCACAAGGAGUAUCCAAGCCUCCUAUGGGGUUCCCUCAACGCUACGAUGAAUGUACCCAAGGCAAAGGAUGUGGAGGUGUUCAAACGCAGUGCGACCGGUUUUGACAGCAUUGUGGUUGUGAUGGUGGGGACCGAGGGCGGAAGUUCGGUGUUGGAUUUGUCGUCGGAUUGUUCAUCCCUAGUUCCGUUGGUUGUCUAUCCGCCCAGUGAUGCGUUCGCGACAGGAGUAGAGCUGUCCAGUUUGAAGGUGUACUUCCAAUCGGGGAAGGAGUGCAGUCUCUACGUCUUCAAGUGUGGUGUUUAG